AUGUCCCGCCAUCAAGGCAGGCAUCCCCACCAACCCUCCACAGCCUUUGGUCUUGCUCCCUCCUCUAUCAAUGCACAGCACUUUCAUGAUGAGCACCAUAGCAGGACCCAGCCUGGUGGGAUCCUCCACCAUGGGGUCAUUCCCAAGGUGUACCACACCACCUUGGGGGCCACCAUCAGCAACGGGACCCUUCCUCCCAAGAGUAUGCCCCCCAGCAAGAAGAGGACCACCACCGUGGUGAAUCCCGCCAACAUGGCAGGCCCCCUCUUCCUGACCACUCUCGGGGCAGAAGCCGCCCAGACCACCAUCAAAGAAUCGGAAACCUGGAAUGAGGAUGACCGUUUCCAUAAACGCAAAAUAGGCAAGAGCCAGCGGGUCCACAAGAAGUACACUGGGAAUCUCUUCCAGCUGUUGUGGGACAAAUUUAGCAAGGUCAUCUUGGGCCUUCAGAACAUGAUGCGGACACUGACUCAGUCCCUGGGCUUUGAGUCCUUCAUCUUCGUUACCGUCUGCCUCAACACCAUCAUGCUUGUGGCCCAGACCUUCGCUGAAGUUGAGAUCCGGGGUGAAUGGAACUUCCUGGUCCUGGACUGCAUUUUCCUCUGCAUCUACGUAUUAGAGGCCCUGCUCAAGAUCAUUGCUCAGGGCGUGGAGUAUUUUUAUGAUGGCUGGAACAAUCUGGACUUCUUCAUCAUGAUCAUGGCAGUGCUGGAUUUUGUGCUCCUACAGCUCAACUCCAUCUCAUCCUCCUUCUACAGCCACGGCCUCUUCCGGAUCCUCAAAGUCUUCAAGAGCAUGCGGGCUCUGAGGGCUCUCCGGGUCCUGAGGAGGCUCAGCAUCCUGACCAGCCUUCAGGAAGUAACAGGGACUCUGGCCCAAACCUUGCCAUCUAUUGCAGCCAUCCUUAUCCUCAUGUUUACCUGCAUGUUCCUCUUCUCUGUGGUCCUCCGGGCACUGUUCCGGAAAUCAGACCCCGAGCGUUUCCAGAGCAUCUUCACCACCAUCUUCACCCUCUUCACCCUGCUCACUCUGGACGACUGGUCCCUCAUCUACUUGGACAGCCGGGCCCAGGGUGCUUGGUACAUUAUUCCCAUUCUGAUGGUUUACAUCAUCAUCCAGUAUUUCAUCUUCCUCAAUCUAGUGAUUGCCGUUUUGGUGGAUAACUUCCAGAUGGCUCUGCUCAGAGGCCUGGAGAAAGUGAAGCAGGAGAUGGCUGCCCAGAUCCACGAGAAGCUGCUGGAUGACUCCCUGACAGAGCUCAACCAAACAGACACUGAGGAGACAGUGAGUGAAGGCGCCGUGGGGAAGCAGCUCAUCGAGAGAAAGUUCGGGGCCAUGACAGAGAAGCAGCGGGAGCUCCAGUUCCAAUUCCUGCAGCUGGUGGCUGGAGUGGAGCAGCAGCAGCAGAAAUUCCGUUCCCAGGCGUCUGUCAUCGAUGAGAUUGUUGACACUGCCUUUGAGGCUGGAGAAGAAGACUUCAGGAAGUGA